AUGCCGGCACCGGAUGCUCCAAUGUCUUGGACUCUGUCACGACAUGUGGCGGCGUCAAAGCCACGAGAACCUCUUUCUCAAGUGCCCUGUCAUUGGGGGGUACGACACCCAUCGUCACAUGACCUACCUGCGUGCUCUGCCUCACCUCUCUCCCCUCGAACUCCUCAGAACCGCAACUCACCACAGACAAAGUCUCACACACAUCGCAGCCCAGCUCACAAACGACGUCACCGGCCAGUCAGGAUGUUCGUAAUCUGCCCCCCAAGUCCCUCCGAAGCCCCCUCGACGGCCUCGAUACACAUCUCCUCCAUGUCCUCCAACCCCCUCCUCCCGCUUCAAUUCCCCACGCCGGCCUCCCUCGCCGACCUCCACUCGCACCUCGCCUCCGACGCCCUCGACCACCUCUCGAGCCGUCCGCCGCGCAUCCUCAUCGCCCGAGCUGUCGGCGCCGUUCCCAACUCGGCGCUCUGCCUCAAGGCCAAAGCCCUUUCGCCAUCAAACACACCCGACAGCGGCAACGGAAGCGGUACUGUCGCCUCCUUUGCGAAAUGGGACAUCGUCCGACCUCGCCGUCAUCGAAACCCACCCGCGUUUCCCCCUUUGUCGUCCCCUCACCCGCCUCCGUUGUCAAAGCUGGCUCUCGGUUCGCAACGCUUAGAACCGGGGAGGGUCUCAAAGGGUGCGUGGCACGAGCUCAAUGGGGGCGAUGCUCCUCUUUGGCGCCAGCACCACCAUCAAGAAGCGGAGGAGGCGGAGGCGGAAACGGAGGAGGAGGACGGCCAACACGAGAAGCGACGAGAAGAAGAAGAUGAAGAAGAAGCAGAGUGGCCCGCCUCGGCGAAUCGAGAGUAUCUCACCGCCUACUCCUCCGCCGCAUCGACAGCACGCAGGGAGGCAAUGGGUUCGCGGCCUUUUCUCCGGUUGCUUAGGUUGGACCGAUUGCUGACAUACCAUGGGUCUCCCCUGCCGGACCGGGUCCGCUGGUACUUCUGUUGUCCGGCGCCGGGAGGCCGGAGAUGCCCGACGGGCUCAUUAGAUCUUACCUUCAUCUGCACCGACCUUCAGUUCCGAGGCCACGGCGUGGGGACGUCGCUGAUGAGAGCUGUUACGGAGGUGGCAAAGACCGAGGGGCUCCCCGUGUUCCUGGAAAGCACGAUAGACGCCGUGCCGUUCUAUGAAAAGUUGGGGUUUGUGAGGGUCGGGGGUUUCCGGAUGAGCAUCCCGGUUGACGGUCCGAAGGAGGGGUUCUAUGAAGAGGUUUGCAUGCUUCUUGAGCAAGAGUCCACGUAG